AUGAAUAAAUUAAAAAGUAAUGUUAUUAGAAGCAUUCCAAACUUACAUUAAGAAAGUAAGGUUGAGUAUGGUAAAAUAUUAAGUGCAAUAAAGCCAAAUGAAUUUUAAGAACCAAAAACAGCUAAAUAUAUGUAAUUGGAUCUGAAAAAUAAACUUAAUUCAUAAUUUAGAGAAAAUGUUACGAGUUUAAGUUCAGAAAGAUAAUAACCAAAAAAGAUAAAGAAAAUAGAUGGAAAAGUGGCAACAAUUGUUGAAUUGAUCAAAUAAGAUUUGCUUCCUAUGUUGAAUAUUCAAAAUGAUAGAAUUGAAAAAUUAGAAAGAAGAUUUAAAUUAAAGAACGAUUCAGAAGGUGAUUGUGAUUUACGUAAGACUUCCAUAAUAUCUGAUAAAAAAUCAAAUUCGGUUGUAGAAAAUGAAGUCCAGAAUUUAUCCGUUAGUGUUGAUGAAAUAAAAAAAAAUUUAUCACAUCUUGAUAAUUUUGUUAAAUAUCAAUUUAUAAAGGGUAAAUGCUAGUCUUAAGAAGUGCCAAACAACAAAAAUAAAAGUUUAAUAUCAUAAAUCUAAUCUAAAGUUAAUACAGAAAUAAUGUAAUAAAAAAUUGAGUCUUAAGAGACAAUCAAAUAAAUACAAGAAUAUAUAUCUGUUUAGUUAUAAGAAAUAAAAGAUUGGAUUAAUACUAUAUCAAUUGAUUAAUAGAAAGAAAUAGAGAUUAAACAAAAUCAAAUGGAAACACAAUUUUAUUAAUUUUUAUAUUAACCAUUAGAAGUGUUAAGAUAAAUCUAAACAAACUAAAAUGAUAUUUAGAUUUAAAUAAAGUAAUUGGAAUCUGUUUUGAAUUCUAAUGUAUUUUUUAAAAAAGAUUAUAAUUCAAAAGAUGAUAUUAUUUGUUGUAAGCAAGAUCUUAACAAAGAGUUAAUUAAAAUUGAUUGCGGUCAUUUAUACCACAAGGAAUGUUUAGAAAAGGGAAUUGAAAUUGAUCUAAAAGAUUAAAAAUAUUUUAGCUGUAAAGAAUGUCACACAUAGAUAUAAUUGAAUAAAAUUAGAUAAAUUAAAAUCUCACAAAAAUUAUUAGAUUAAAUAUUUAAAGAAUAAUUAAAAUAGUUGAUGACAACUUCAAAGAUUGAAAUGAUGUAAUGUUUGAAAUGUGGAUUCAUAUAUAUAUAAGAUAAAUAAUAACAAAACCACUCAAGCCCCUGUGUAUAAUGUACUUGA